UGGUGGUGCGUUGCCGAGCAGCAGCCAGUCGUGUUUUUCCCCUCGCCGAGCUCACUCUCUCUCAUCCUCUGCUCCGACUCUCUCGCGCGCUCUCUGGCUCAGCGGACAGACGAGACCUCUCCUCUCCUGCUCCUCUUCAUCUCUCCCUCCUCUUCUUGUCUGUUAUUAUUUCAUUGCCUCCUUUUCCUUUAUCUGUUUUUUUUUUUUUCUUCUUUUUUACAUUUCUCUUUCUCUCCCUGCCCCCCGUGCCAGGGGCAUUAGUGGGGGUCCCAGAAAGAGAGUAAGUGUGUGUGUGUGAGAGUGAGUGUGUGUUGGGAGGUCUCGGCAUGGAAGCAGUGGCACUGUAUACGUUUCGUGCCACAGAGGCUGAUGAACUCAGUUUCAACAAGGGGGACUUGCUCAAGAUCACCAACAUGGAGGAUGAUCCUAACUGGUACACAGCUGAGCUCCAUAACAGAAAAGGCUUCGUGCCAAAAAACUACAUCAACCUGCGGCCACACGCCUGGUUUGCCGGUCGUAUAUCUCGCGGUGUGGCAGAAAGUCGACUCAGACACAGGGAGUGCGGGGCGUUUCUGGUCCGAGAGAGUGAGAGCGCCCCUGGAGAGUUCUCCAUGUCUGUCAGUUACGGGGAUCAUGUUCAGCAUUUCAAGGUGCUGCAGGAUCGCUGCUGUCAGUACUACGUGUGGGACGAGGUCUUUUCCUCGCUCAACGAGCUGGUGGAGUUCUACCAUAGCAACAGCAUCGCUAAGGAGAGGACUGUCUUUCUGAGAGACCCCGAGCACUUCGCCAGGCGUCCCCAUCACGCCCACGCUCUCUUCGACUUCACCCCCCACCACCCAUCCCAGCUACGCUUCCUGCGCGGCGAUGUCAUCGAACUCAUCGACUGCUCCGAUUCGCUGCGCUGGAAGGGCCGUUGCCAUGGACACGUGGGCUUCUUCCCCCCGGAGUACGUCCAGCCCAUUUACCACUGCCAAUGACGUGGCGCUUCAAUCGAAUCCACCGCCAUUCCCACAGGUUCACUAACGAGCCACGUUGACCCCCCUCCUCACACUGCUCCCCCUGCUGUGCACUGGCCCGUUCACUUUAGGAGAACUGAGGAGCUGCAACUGAACUGCUCAUUAUGUAACUGACUCCUCCCAUUCCCUUGUGAUGUCACCUGUCAAUCACAAGCCUCGCCCAAUCAGCUGCUACAGGCCCAUCAAUCGCUUCCACCUGAUCCCACAACUUACUCUUUAAUCAUGUAAAGAAAUGAAGAUAUGGACCUAUACACUGUGGACAAACACACACAGACUGACAAGCCGACACACACAUCCCCGGGCAUACUCAUUAAUUAGAGUUUAUCAGCACCGGUGCAGGCUAAAUAAAAGCAACACACACACCUGAUGAAAACAGAAACGGGGCCCAUGGGAGGUUGUGGAGGAUGGCGAGGUUUUCUCUCCGCCGAAGAUGAGUCAGGAUUCGCUCCAGUAUUUUGCCGCCGCUCCCUCGUAGAGAUCCGGCGAGCUGAGCAGAGAGACACAGAGAGUCAUUGUGUUGUGAAUAUUUGGGCCAGACACUCGGAGGAUACUGACACAGCAGAUUCCUCCCUCGCUGUGCGGGUGUGUGUGUUCGGAGGGGUUUGUGUGUAAAAUGUGGGUCUGAACACUUGUGUGAAUGCAUGUGUGUGUGAGUGUGUGUGAGUGUGUGCUCUGUGGACCAGUAAAAGGAGGUCACUGUGUUAAAGUGACCAGUGAGAUGAACACUGCCCAGAUGACACGUUGUUUUGAAAUACACAGCUUAAAAUGUAAUACGCUCAACUCAAUUUAUGAAUCAUUUCUUUGUUUGUUUCCAUGUAUUUAUUCUUAUUCAUGUGUAAUCUUAGAAUACAUAUAUUACAAGAAGAUAAAACAUUGUAAAAAGGUUUUGUUUCUGUUGCAACGAAUAGUUUAAGUAAACCACAUUUUAUGUGAUUAACGAUGAGAGCUCGGACCGGUCUUCCUUAGAGGAAUACUCCGACCCCAAAAUGAACAUUUCUAUAUCAAUUACUCACCCCAUGUUACUUUGAAUUCUUGAAGAAAACUUAGUUUUUCUUGCAUACCUCCGCGAUGAACGAAGAAUCUAUAAAUGGAGAAAAGAUUUGAUGAAUUGAAGUAAAUGGGAGCUGCAUUAACAAAAGCGAAACUAUAUCAAAGCAUUCGUUAACAAACUCUCACACAACUCGUGCAAUAUAAGUCUCGUUUAUCCUGUUCUAUGCUCUCUACUUCACAAACACAUGCAUUUUCGCCAAAAUCGUACUAUUAAAAAAACUUCCGCUAGGGCUGGGUAUUGUUUGAAAAAUUAUGAUACCAGUGCCCUUAAAGUGAUACCGAUACCAGUAGAGUACUUCAUUCGAUACCCAUACGGGAUUGGAAGCUGUGUGUCUGACCCACUGGCUAGCUAAUCACACUAAUCACCCACGGUGGCGGGUCUGCGUUGCCGCGGAAACCCACUAUCUGGUUUCUCCCCAAGGUUAAAACUGUUAGCUAUGUCAGCACUGUUGCCAUUGUUAGCGCUAUGCAUGCUGUUAGCACCAUUAGCUGCAGUCCGGCUAAAUGGGUUGUAACUGCUGCAGUAGUGGAUCAAUCACACGUUGCAUUAAAUCGAAAAACUUGUGGUAAUUGAUUGCGAGCAAAACCAUACAAAUAGUCUUUUUUUUCUAGAUCUGUGCACAAAAAGGAUCGAUUGCAGGCAAUGUUUGACUGGAGAAGUUUUGAUACUACUUGGUACUGGGUUAUGUCGUUCAAUACCUUAAAAGGUAUCGAGCAGCAACACCGCAAUACAGCCCUAACGCUUGGGCAGACGCGCUUCUUGUCCAGACUCACACGAACGAGUAGCGGACUUAUUUGAAUUCAUCAUGACUUUCCUCUGUUUAUGGAUUCUUCGUUCAGCAUGGGGGCAUGCGAGAAAAACAAAAUUUCCUUCUAGAAUUCAAGGUAACACUGGGUGAGUAAUUGAUACACAAAUGGUCAUUUUGGGGGUGAAGUUUUCCUUUAACAUGUAAUGACAAAUCAUUUAAAUAAAGUGAUAUAUUCACCUCUUUGAACUUGAA